AUGGUAUCGUCCCAAAGGCAAGAGUCGCCGGCGUGGUUCGUCUCGGCGGCUAUCCUCGGCGCCUUCUACAUGUUGCCAUUUCUGAUCCGCCUCCUCGCCCGCCUCGCGCUCUGCCUACGCCGUCCCAAGGACCUUCGCCGCCGCUACGGUGCGUGGGCCGUUGUCACUGGCCCGACGUCCGGCAUUGGCCGCUCCAUGGCCCUUGAGCUCGCCCGGCGUGGCCUCAACCUCGUCCUCGUCGACCUCAACGCCGCCAAUCUCCGGGAGAUCUCGGAGACCAUCGGUUCCCUCCACGGCGUGCAGACCAGGACCGUCGUGUUCGACCUCUCGCUCGUCUCCACACCUCAAGGUGACGAGGCGAUGGCGCGGCUCCGGGAGGCGGUGGCCGGGCUGGACGUUGGGGUGCUGGUGAACAACGCCGGUGUGGCGACGCCGGGCUCGCGGUACCUGCACGAGGCCGACGCUGAGGCGUGGGUGAGCAUGAUACGGGUGAACCUGUGGGCGGUGACCGAGGUGACGGCGGCGGUGCUGCCGGGGAUGGUGGCGCGGGGGAGGGGCGCCGUGGUGAGCAUGGGGUCAGCGUCGUCGGAGGCCAUCCCCUCCUUCCCACUCUACACCAUCUACGCCUCCACCAAACGCUACGUCGCGCAGCUCUCCAGGAGCCUCUACGUCGAGUACAGAAGCAAAGGCAUCGAUGUGCAGUGCCAGGCUCCGUUCUACGUGGCGACGCAAAUGGCGGCGACGCUCAAGGAGACCGGUCGCGUCACUCUGCUCCUCAUCGCGCCGACGCCCGACGCCUACGCGCGUGCGGCGGUGCGCUGGAUCGGGCACGGACCGCCGCUCUGCGUGCCCAACGUCGGCCACCAGCUCUUCUGGUGCCUCGUUGCCGCCGUGCCGGACCCCGUCCACGACUGGCUCCGCCUGCGUGACCACCUGCACCACAGACAGCUGUUCUACAGUCCACUCAGUGUCGCCGGCGGCACGUCGCGCCGGUAA